UGUGUCCUCUCUAACUCAUUACAGGGUUUCUUCUCUGCAGGUGUUUUUAGGAUGGUCAGAGCAGGUACUUCACUCGUUCUGCUCCAGCUCUUCAGCGUCUUCGCUCCUGGAGGAGCUUUUUCUCAGGAUAUCCUCUACCCCUUCGGGCCGGCCUAUAGGGAUUUAGAGACCCCAAAGAUGGACGAUGGCAGCUCCCCAGAAAUUCCUAUCCUCAUCCCUUUCAUCUAUUUCGCCAUCCCCUACCGCUCUCUCUAUGUCAACAAUAAUGGAGUAGUCUCCUUUGGUGUGCAAGUAAGCCAGUUCACCCCUGAAGCUUUCCCCCUCAGUGACAGUCGCUCGUUCAUCGCGCCCCUAUGGGCCGAUGUACACAAUGGUAUCCGAGGCGAUGUGUACUAUCGUGAGACCACGGAGCCAGACAUCCUGGAAAGAGCCACCAUUGAUGCCCGCAAGUUCUUCAAAAACAUUCCUUCCUUCACGGCAACCUGGGCCUUCAUUGCAACGUGGCAUCAGGUCACAUUUUAUGGAGGCAGCCAGACCACUCCGGUAAAUACAUUUCAGUGCGUCCUCAUUUCUGACGGGACAAUAUUCCUCUCCAUGUUCAACUACGGAGACAUUGCCUGGAGCACUGGCACCGCCAGUGGGGGAGAUCCCCUUACAGGUCUGGGCGGAACCACAGGACAGUCAGGUUUCAAUGGCGGAGAUGUCAGCCACUUUUUCAACCUCCCCGGCUCGCGCUCCAACGACGUUGUGAACACUGAGCUAACCACCAAUGUCAACCAGCCAGGGCGAUGGUUCUUCCGGGUUGACACGGAGCAAAUAGAUCCAGCCAAUGGAUGCAGCUAUAAUGGUCGAUUUUACAGGCGGGGGGAGGUGUUCUGGCUGUCGGACCAGUGCUCCCAGCGGUGCCGCUGUCUGGAUGUGGAUAACGAGGUCUUCUGCCAGGAGGCUCCAUGCGGACAGCUGGAGACCUGCGAACAACUGGAGGGCGCCUACUACUGUCAGCCCACACGCACCAGCACCUGCGUGGUGUUCGGAGACCCCCACUACCACACAUUCGACGGCUUCCUCUACCACUUCCAGGGGACCUGCUCCUACCUGCUGGCCCGGCCUUGCUGGGAGACCCCUGGGCUGCCCUACUUUAGUGUGGAGGCCAAGAAUGAGAAUCGGGGUUCUGCCACAGUGUCCUGGCUUCGAGAUGUCACUAUAGACGUUUACGGCCAUCGGAUAAAUCUGCCAAAAGGCAGCCUUGGAACAGUUCAGGUGGAUGGCCUGAUGAGGACCCUCCCAGUGCAGCUUCAGCUUGGAGCUGUCCGAGUGUACCAGUCGGGCGUGGCCGUUGCCCUGGAGACUGACUUCGGCCUCCUGGUGACGUACGACGGGCAGCACUAUGCCUCCAUCUCCCUGCCAAGUCCCUACUUCAACAACACCUGCGGCCUGUGUGGCAACUACAAUGACGACCCUGCCGACGACCCUGUGCUGCCUGACGGCUCACUGGCAGAGAGCGUGGUGGAGUUGGGGGGAAGCUGGAGGGCCGAGGACUUUGACUGGCGAUGCACAGAUGGCUGCGCUCACAACUGCAGUGUGUGUGACCCAGCCACGGAGGCCUUCUACUUCCGGCCAGACUACUGUGGCCUCAUCAACAAGACCGAUGGGCCCUUCCGAGACUGCCGUGCAGUGGUCGACCCCACUGCCUUUGUCUACAGCUGUGUGUAUGACAUGUGCAGUAAUCGAGAUAACAUCACAACUCUGUGCCAGGCCAUACAAGCAUACGCCCUGGCAUGCCAGGCACUGGGGGUGACCAUUCGUCCCUGGAGAUCACGCACAUUCUGUGCUCUGACCUGUCCUGACUUCAGCCACUACGAGGUGUGCACCAGCGCCUGCCCCUCCUCCUGCUCGGAGCUGACCUCCCACCUGCAGUGCACCCACCCCUGCACCGAAGGCUGCCAGUGUGACCCGGGCUACGUGCUGAGCGGCAGCCGCUGCGUCCGCUACGAGGAGUGCGGCUGCGAGGAGGACGGCCUCUACUACUCCCUAAAUGAGACUUUCUGGACGGGAGAGGUCACAGAGCACGGAGGGGAGUGCUCCCAUCGCUGCGUGUGCGGCCCGGCCGGCGAGGUGUCCUGCUUCAACGACUCGUGCCGGGAGGGGGAAGUGUGCGUAGCCGAGGUCGGGCUGCUGGGUUGCUACCCCCGGCGCGAGGGUGUCUGCUUCCUCUCCCAGACCCAGGUCCAGUUCACCUUUGAUGGCAUGGUGCUGCCCGUCCCUGACGAGAGCUCCUUCUACCUGGUGAAGCCGUGUGGGGUCAUGCCAGCCAAUGUGUCUGCCGUCGAGGUAAAGAUGGGCAGGAAGCUGGUGAAUAAAGGCCCCACCUGGAUGAGGCCUGUGGUCGUCAGGGUAGCUCACCUGGAGGCUCAAAUUGGUGGAUCGGAUUUUGACUCUGCAAAGCUGAAUGGAGAGCCUGUGGGACUCCCUUUUGUCCAUCCAGUGGAGAUGCUGACAAUAUACAAGAUGGGAAACAUCACUGUUGUGGAAUGGAGUGGCGUGGUGAAAGUUCGUUAUUCCCGCCAGGGCCAUCUCAACGUCUCCCUCUCCACUGUCUUCUACAACGCCACCUGUGGCUUGUGUGGCUUCUUCAACACCGACCCCAACGAUGACCUGCGCCUGCCAAAUGGCCGGCAGGCGGAGACAGCCGAACUCUUUGUAGAGGGCUGGAGGGCUAUUGCUGAUGACCUGACAUGUAAUGGGGAUUGUGAGGAUCUGUAUCGCAUGUGUGUGGAUUUGCGUCUCUACCAGAGCCCUUGGCUCUGUGGGAACAUCAAUGACAUGAGCAACAGCUCCUUCCUGGCAUGCCACAUGGCUGUCAACCCCUCACCGUUCUUCAGGAACUGCCUCUAUAACAUGUGUGUGAAAGAGGGCAACCGCUCGGCUCUCUGUUCCUCCCUGCAGGCCUAUGCCUCAGCCUGCCAGGAUGCACAGGAGGGCUGCCAGUGCGAGGAGGGUUACGCUCUCCGGGACGGCCAGUGCGUGGCACGGAGCGACUGCGGCUGCAUGUACAUGGGCCGGCAGCUGGCCACCAACGAGACCUUCUGGACGGACUGGGAGUGCCAGGAGCGCUGCUACUGCAACGGCACUGACAACAGCGUGUACUGCCAUUUCGCCCCCUGCGAUGCAGAGGAGUUCUGCCAGGAGGACGAGGAGCUCUACUUCUGCCAGCCGCGCACCGAGGCGCUGUGUACCGUCGCUGGCUACAGCCACUUCCUGCCCUUCAGUGGCAUUCCUUUCGACCUGCAGAGCAGCUGCUCCCUUAUGCUGGCCACCACACAGUGUGGGGAGGAUGAUGGCGAUGACGACGAUGAUGGAUCCAUCAUCACCCGCCAUCGAACGCUCCCCCAGUUCAAACUCUUUGUUAGGAAUGAGGAACGGGACACGACGCAAUCAAUUUGGGUCAAGGGCUUUGUCCUGGAGGUGUAUGGCUAUGAGAUUGAAGUGUCACGCAGCUACAAGCACACUGUCACAGUGAAUAAGGAGCGUCUGUUUCUGCCACUGAAACUGGGGCCCAGCAAGGUCAACAUCUACACCCACGGCCUGCAGCUGAUUGCUGAGACAGAUUUCGGCCUCAAAGUGGUCUUUGACUGGAACACCCGCGUAUUGCUGUCCUUGCCACGCAGCCUCUACAAUGCCACCUGUGGGCUUUGCCAAGGAGUGCCCAUGUCUGACCCUGCCGCCACCGUCACUGAAUGGGGCAUGACAUGGGCAAAGCGCGAGCGCUUCUGCCAAGUAGGGUGUGGUGACUCCUGUCCCCGCUGUGGGAAUGCGGAGAGGGCCGGUGAAGGCCCCGUGUCAGUGGUCGACAUUGCCGGCAACGUGGAAACCGACGCUGAAAACCCUGGCAACCGCUUCCAUCUGUCAGAAGGACUGUACGUGUAUGUGGAGCCAGAGGCAGUGAGGCUGUGUGGGCUGCUGGUGGAUCGCGGCGGCAUGUUUGCCCGCUGCCACAGUAUGGUGCCGCCGGCGUACUUCUACCAGAGCUGUUUGCAGGACACCUGCCUGGACCAGGGGGCGCGGGAGACCAUCUGCAACUGGCUCCAGAUCUAUGCCAGCACGUGCCAAACUCAGGGAGUGCCCAUCAUCGGCUGGAGGAACUCCACACCUUGCACUGUGACAUGCCCAUCAAACACUCACUAUGCCAGCUGCAUGAUAGUGUGCCAACCCCAGUGUGCUCCAGCUCGUGGGCAUCGUGACUGCAACCAGUACUGUGUGGAGGGCUGCCAGUGUGAUCAGGGAUAUGUGCUCAAUGGCAAGAGCUGCAUCCUCAGUCAGAACUGUGGCUGCUACACCGACGGCAAAUAUUAUGAGCCAAAGCAGCAGUUCUGGAAUGGCGAAUGUACCAAGCGUUGCCAGUGCAUUGGGAGGAAUCUGAUCCAGUGUGACCCGCGCCGCUGUAAGGCAGAGGAAGAGUGUGGUCUGCGCAAUGGUGUGAGGGGCUGCUUUGCCCGUCGCACCCAGCACUGCGUCGCCUCCGGCGGUGGAGUGUUCAGGACCUUCGAUGGCGCCUCUCUCCGACUGCCGGCUUCCUGUUCCUUUGUCCUCUCCACCAUCUGCCACAAGCUGCCAGAGCUCUCAUUCCAGCUCAUCGCCAACUUUGACAAGUGGAGCACGCCAAACCUCACCACUAUCUCACACGCCUACCUGUACAUCAACGAGGAGAAUAUCCUCAUCUCUGGGAGCACUGUCAAGGUAAAUGGGACCCCAGUGACCGUACCCUUUGUCACGGGCCUGAUGACACGCGUGUCCACCUCAGAGGGAUUCCUGGUCAUCGACACCCCCCAGGAAAUCCAGGUGCGGUACAACCGAUUCAACACCCUGAGCAUCACCAUGGGGCCCCGGCUGCAGAACAAAGUGUGCGGUCUGUGCGGGAACUUCAACGGCGACCCCGCGGAUGACUACAUCACCUCCCGUGGCAAACCGGCCAUGAGUGCUCUGGAGCUGGCUCAGAGCUGGAAGACCAAUGGCAUGCAAAACAGCUGUGAUGAGACCCAGUACGUCGCUCUGGCUCAGUCCUGCGAUAACACAGCCGUGGCCGCCCUCCAGGGCGAGGACAGCUGCCUGAAGCUCACGGAGAUGAAGGGCUUCUUCCAGCCCUGCCAUGGCCUGCUGGACCCCAGGCCCUUCUACCAGUCCUGCUACCUGGACGGCUGCUACAACCACCGCAAGGCUCAAGUCUGCGGCUCCAUGGCUGCCUAUGCCGAAGCAUGCCGCUCCUUUGGCACACUCACAACCAAGUGGAUCACCCAAGAGAACUGCUCAGAAUGGAUCUACGACCCCUGUGCUGGAGAGAUCUGCACAAACAACACCUGUGAGCAGGAGAAUGGAGGAGACCUGUGUGGCUGCCCUGAGCUGCCCAGCAAUGAGAUAGGUGAGACAGCUGGGGGAGAGGAUGACAUCCUUCAGGCAGAGGUGACGUGUAAACACGCUCGGAUGGAGGUCUCCAUAUCCAAGUGCAGGCUCUUCCAGUUGGGCUUUGAGCGGGAGGAUGUGCGCAUCAACGACCAGCACUGCCCCGCCAUCGAGGGGGAGGACUUCAUCUCUUUCCACAUCAACAACACCAAAGGCCACUGUGGCUCCAUUGUACAGUCCAAUGGAACACAUAUCAUGUACAAGAACACUGUCUGGAUAGAGAGUGUGAACAACACAGGGAAUAUUGUGACACGUGACAAAACAAUCAAUGUGGAGUUCUCCUGUGCCUAUGAGCUGGACAUCAAGAUCUCCCUGGAGACGGUGCUAAAGCCCAUGCUAAGGUUAGACGUUAUUUUGGUUUUGAGUGAGGGAAACUUCAUCACCAAAAUGGCUCUUUAUAAGAACUCCUCCUACCGCCAACCUUACCGAGAGGGCGAAGUCAUGCUCAGCACGCGAGACGUCCUGUACGUUGGCGUAUUUGUGGAGGGGGCAGAUGCACGGCAGCUCAUCCUCAUCGUGAACAUGUGCUGGGCCACUCCUUCCCGCUACAGUACUGACAGACUGCGCUACAUCAUCAUAGAAAGAGGCUGCCCCAACGUCAAGGACAACACCAUUGGCAUGGCUGAGAAUGGCGUUUCUCUUACAUGCCGUUUCCAUGUCACUGUGUUCAAGUUCAUCGGGAACUAUGAUGAGGUCCAUCUCCACUGUGAUGUCACACUCUGUGACUCUGAGGUCAAUCCAUGUAAAGUGAACUGUCCACACAACAGGAGAAUGUACUCAGGAGAAACUGAACACAGGCAACAGCAGAUACUAUCAAUUGGACCCAUCAAACGAAGAGAGUAUGUGUGGUGUGAAGACAACAAUGGUGGCUGUGAACAGAUCUGCACUAGCCAGCUGACGGGACCAGUGUGCAGCUGUGUCACAGGAAUGCUUCAGAGAGACGGGAGAAGCUGCCGGGUGGCUGGUUCUGGUGCUAAUAUCCAACCUCUCGUUCCUCUGGUAAUUUUUGGAGUGACCUAUGCCCUUCUGACCCUCACGCACACAUUAUCCUGCUUGUCCUAACCCGCCAUGUAACCACAAGAGAGGAGAGAGAUGGAAAGGACCCAGAAUGACAGCAAGCAAUCGAGAUAGGGAGAUAUGGAGAAAGGGAACAGCAUGAGAAAACGGAGCAUCCAUUCAAAAAAGAGUCACGAUAAAGCAACAAUGAAACCAAAACACAGCCGAGAGGAAUCAUCAUCUCUCCUCAGUGCCACUGAAGGACACCACACUGUGAUCAUCAUCCUCUUCCCAUGGUGGCCCUGUGUCUGAAGGCACUGGAGAUCUUGAAUGAAACAACCACAGAACAUAGCAGAGCAAAAUGGACCGGGUUUGGACAUGAACAAAAAAUUAAACAGGAACAAUACAAACAGUGUCAGAAUUUCAGAAGUAAAUAUAGUGAAAAAUAAAAUAUGCACCCUGGCAACAUUAUCUCAGAAUGUAUCAAAUCUAGGGAAUCUUAUGUUUUAGAUGCAGAAUAUGCCUAAGUACUCUAUCAUCAUCGGUUAUUAA